AUGGCUUCACCGCCCGUCCAGUCUCCUGGCGCUGCCUCCUUUGCUGGUUCUGUUGGCGGCGAGUCCGAGUACUUGAGCACCCGCGAAGAUGCGACACCGCUGGCCACGCCGCUCCCGGACGAUAAUGGUGGUCGAGAUACCCCGCGCGCCGGCCUCGCCCUCAAUCGACCGCAUACCUUUCCCCCGACCGAGUCCACGUCGCUGUUGCAAAAUGUCCUCAUCGACAACCCGCCCUAUACCAAUGGCACCUUUUCGCCGCGGCCUGCGAGUCCUACCGGCAGUGCUAGGAGCGCCGAACUCGACAGACCCUCGUCCUCUGCGUCUUCUAUUCCGAUCCUCGACUCCAUGCUUACCACAAUCACUGGCGAUGAUCACUGGAGAAAGCGCUUCGUCAGAAGCAUCAAGAGCAAGAAGAUGACGAGUUCGAGGACACUGGCGGAACAAGCCGGUUUCAAGGACACCGUCUGGAUGUAUCUCUCCUACUACAUCCCACUCCUUACCUGGCUGCCCCAAUACCAGUGGUCGUACUUGAAGGGCGAUCUUGUCGCGGCGCUGACCCUCGCGUCUCUGUACCUGCCGAUGGCCCUUUCGCUCGCCGACAACCUCGCCCACGUUCCUCCCAUCAACGGACUCUACUCCUUCGUCUUCAACCCUUUCAUAUAUGCCAUCUUUGGUAGCGCGCCGCAGAUGGUCGUAGGACCUGAAGCUGCUGGAUCGUUGCUGGUUGGAUCCGUUGUUAGAGGAAGCAUCGACCACGACAAGGACGAGGAAUACAAUGCGGAAUUGCAGGCCAGGAUUUGCGGCGUUGUUGCAGGCAUGGCUGGCGCGACAGUCUUUUUGGCCGGCAUAGCGCGCUUGGGCUUCCUCGACAGUGUUCUCAGUCGCCCAUUCCUGCGAGGCUUCAUCUCGGCCAUUGGUUUCGUCAUUGCGGUUGACCAGGCUAUUCCCGAGCUUGGCCUUGUCAGGUAUGCCGCGGAAACUGGUGUGGGCCACGGCAGCAGCAUGGACAAGCUGGAGUUCAUCUUCAGCUCCUUUGACCAUGUCCACAAGCUUACCUUCAUCGUGGCCGGAGUCAGCUUUGUAAUCAUGAUGGUCAUGCGCGAGCUCAAGAAACACAUGACGCCAAAGUAUCCCGGCGUCGCGUACAUUCCCGACCGGUUCUUUGUCGUUCUUAUCGCGGCGAUCCUGUCUUGGCACUUCGACUGGGAGAGUAAGGGCGUUGAGAUCCUGGGGCCAGUGAAGGCCGCGUCCGGCCACGUCUUCACCUUCAGAUGGCCAUUCCAGACGUCUCACAUGGAACACAUCCGCGAAGCGAUGGGAACUUCGUUCUUGAUCGCCUUGCUUGGGUUCUUCGAGUCAUCUGUUGCGGCCAAGAGUUUGAGCAGCUCUGACAGCCCGCAUGGCAUCCAGCUUAGUCCCAACCGAGAACUCGUAGCACUCGGCGCCGCCAACAUCGUGGGCGCAUGCUUCAUGAGUUUGCCUGCCUUUGGUGGGUACGGAAGAAGCAAGUUGAACAAGCAGACUGGCGGCAAGACACCUAUGAGCUCCAUCUUUCUCAGUCUUUUUACUCUACUUGCUAUCACGUUCUUGCUGCCCUACUUUUACUAUCUUCCUAAACCUGUUCUCUCCUCCAUGAUCACUGUUGUCGCUUAUUCGCUGCUCGAGGAAGCACCCCACGACAUCGCGUUCUUCUUGCGCAUUCGCGGCUGGGUUGAACUAGGUCUGAUGACGAUUAUUUUCGUAUCCACCAUCUUCUACUCCCUCACACUCGGCAUGGCCAUCGGCGUCGGUCUUUCUCUGCUUCAGGUCAUCAAGCACUCGACUCGUCCCCGCAUCCAGAUUCUCGGUCGUAUUCCCGGAACACACCGGUUCGAAAACGCAGAGUUGAAUCCCGAUCGCUUGGAAUUCAUCGAGGGCUGCCUAAUUGUCAAGAUCCCCGAGCCCUUGACUUUUGCCAACACGGGCGAGCUGAAGGCUCGCCUGCGACGUCUAGAAUUGUACGGUACGAGUAUGGCUCACCCCGCGCUUCCAAGACUGCGCGGCGAGCACCACAACAAGAACGUCAUCUUUGACAUCCACGGCGUGACCUCGCUGGACGGUUCCGGCACUCAAGUCCUUGAAGAGAUUGUACGCAGUUAUAGAGAGCGCGGCGUUAGAGUGUUUUUCAGCCGUGGCCCCACCAACCCUCGUCACCACAUCUGGAGACUGAUGCGCCAGGCGGGCAUCAUCGACCUCGUCGGCGGAGAGUCUCACUUCGUUACGGACGUACAGGAGGCACUCAAGUUGACCGAGUACGAGCACAGCAUCAACGAGGCGGCCGACCCUUGA